UUAGUACCAGGCUGAGGUUGCAUUCGCACGCCCAUGAGCUUUCACCGAAGGAAAACACAACGACAAUUAUUUCGCUUUAAAUAUUAACUAAUUUGAAAAUGUAUUAAGUAGAUGACAUUAAAAAUGGCUGAGGAUCAAGGCAUUAAUCCCACGAACAACACAGAUUCUCCGAAUAGCAUUCCUGCAGAAACGAAAUCCAGCAAGGCCGAUGCCAAACGAAGACAAAAGCAGGAGAAAAAGAAGUCCAAAAAUGUAUAUGUUUGUGAAGUUUGUCUCCUUGAUGGAACCGAACUGUCUAUUGAAGUUGAGAAAAAUUCGCAUGGAGAAGUUCUGUUUUCAAAAGUUGUAGAGAAUCUAGACAUAGUUGAUAAGGAAUAUUUUGGCCUACGGUUCGUGCAGGACAACAGUCCAACCAAGUGCUGGUUGCAACACCGCAAGCCGAUCAAGAAACAGCUAAAAAUUGGCGAGCUCAAGUUCCAGUUUGCUGUAAAAUUUUAUGAGCCUGAACCAGGAAAACAUCUAGACGAAUAUACGAGAUACUUGCUGUAUCUGCAACUUCGUGAAGACAUUGUAUAUGGAAGGCUUCAUUGUCCAACAAGAACCUACGUUUUACUAGGAUCAUUUACAGCUCAAGCCGAGUUUGGAGAUUAUGACUUUAAUGAGCAUGGUAGCGAUUACCUUGAUGGAUAUCAGCUUGGGCCUGCGGAGGUGGAGAAGGAAGAGGGUUUCAUUAAGAGGGUCAUGGAUCUUCACAAAGAACACAGGGGCGAAAACCCUGCAGAAGCUGAACUAAAUUUUUUAGAGGUUGCUAAACGCACGCCACGAUAUGGAGUGGACAUUCACUAUGCAAGGAAUAAGAAAGGCGUGCCAAUAGAAGUUGGGAUUUCUCACAAAGGAGUUAUUGUAUACCUAAACGGGGAACCUACUGAUAGUUAUGGCUGGCGAGCUGUCGACUUGGUUGCCUACAAAAGAAAAAAGUUCAUGCUUAAAUUAUUUUCAUCUGAGAAAAGAAAAAACCCACGCUUCUCCAUGCACAAAAGACGGGAUGCAAAGAAUAUUUACAUAUCUGCAAUUGAGCAUCAUUCCUUCUUCAGGUUGACCAACGCCGACCCUUCAAAGCGGGCUGCUGAUUCGUUGAUGAUCGGAUCAAAGUUCCGUUACAGCGAACGAACAUUGUACCAAAUAAGAAGUGAUCCAAGUUUCCAUGAGCGCAAUGCCGUCGGCAAAUUCUCCCGCGCGCCCAGCAAACGGCCUAGGAUUAAAUCAGAGAAAAACAGACUGGUUCGCGCACCGGUUGUUGCGGAGAAGGAGAAACCGGAUGUAAAGGAUAAGGAACCGGAAGAAGAUUUCGAAGAAAUAGAAAUCGAUGAAACUCAACCGGAUCACAACAAAUUUGAUCCGAACGAAUGGGUUAUAGUUGAAAAGGUGUUGCCAGAUGGCACAACGAAGCGGUAUCGAAGGCGUGUCACCACGACAACAUCAACAACUACAACAACCAAGACUACUUAUGUUAUCCGGAAAGGCACUGAAGAGGAGGAGCAUGUGAUGGAAGAGAAGCCAAUCGAAAGCCCGAGAAAGGAGGAAACAGUUGUUAUCACCCGAAAGGAAUCGCCUGAAAUUUCCGAGAAGGAAGUAAAGCAGGAAGUGAAAUUUGAGGAUGAUAGCAAUCAGCAAAUUGUUACUACCGUUAUCACUAAAGAAACAAUUGUCACAGAAGAUAAGAGAGAACAGAAACUAGAUGAAGAGGCCGAGCCUAAGCCAAUGUCGCUUGCAGACAUCAGAGCUUCUGCCAAGAAACCAAGUGCAGCUGUGAAGCCUCUCAUGCGAGAGGAUAUUGAAAACGAAGCUGAGCCAACAGCGCCGACUAAAGUGCUUGUUUACAAUGUUGACAAGCAAGAAACUGUGAAAAUAGUGACGAAAGAGGAAAGAGAAGCAGAGCUGAGGCGAAGAGAGAUCGAAGAAGAACAGCAAAGGCAAGAAGAAAUUAGAGCAAGAAAUGAGCGUGAAGCUGCGCUUAGAAGAAAAUGGAAGGAGGAGGAGCAGAAGCGAAAGGAAGAAGAGGCUUUAGAGAAAAGACAGAAAGAGAUGGAAGCUGAGGAGGAGGCACAAAAGAACCGAGCAUUAGUCCGGAGUUGCAAGAGAUUUCGUUAUCCACUGGCAACGAGGAAUUUGACAAAGAGUUUGGAAUCCGCGGUAUGGAUACGUUUUUGAUUAAGACUUCACCGAUGCCAUCGCAAUUUAUGAGAGAGUUGGAUGAAGAGCUGAAUCGAUCAAAUGACCCUGACGAGAUGAGAGAGGAUGACGACGACGAUGAGGUGGACGCUCUGAAGGAGGAGGAGAAGAGCCAGUCCCUGGACACG